AAGAAAGAACUGCUUAAACUUGAGUCAAGAGAUUAGAAUUUAGGAGUGAUGUUACUUGUGUACACACUGGAGUACUGGACAGUGGUACGGCCCGGCACGGGGAAUCACGAGUGUUAGUGAAUAACAAUAUUUUUUAUCAAAGUCGGUUUACUUUUUUUUGCUGUUUUUCAAUUUGACAUUUAAUAUUUACCCGUCACUAGCUAUUUUCAAUUUUUCAUUUUGUUUUUAACGUUGGACGUGAUAAUUCAAAUUAGUCGCUGAAUUUAAUAUAACCACAAACAUAGUGUAAUGGGUGAAGACAAAGAAAGAGAACGAGACAGGGACCGAGGAGAACGUGAUAAAGAACGUGGUGAGAGACGACGACGUUCACGAUCUAGAGACCGCGAACGUCAUCGCAGACAUCGAUCAAGAAGUCGCGAAGGACGUAAACGUAGUAGAUCUAAGUCACCUAAAAAUAAGUCAAGACGUAGAAAGCCAUCUCUCUAUUGGGAUGUUCCACCACCAGGUUUUGAACACAUUGCACCUCUUCAAUAUAAAGCUAUGCAAGCUGCUGGACAAAUUCCUGCGAAUACAAUGCCAGAUACUCCUCAAACAGCUGUCCCUGUGGUUGGAUCUACAAUUACACGCCAAGCAAGAAGAUUAUAUGUUGGCAACAUACCAUUUGGUGUAACAGAGGAUGAAAUGAUGGAAUUCUUUAAUCAACAAAUGCAUUUAUCUGGAUUAGCUCAAGCUGCUGGUAAUCCUGUACUUGCAUGUCAAAUUAAUUUAGAUAAAAAUUUUGCAUUUUUGGAGUUUAGGUCUAUUGAUGAAACUACUCAAGCAAUGGCUUUUGAUGGUAUUAAUUUCAAAGGCCAGAGCUUGAAAAUAAGACGACCACAUGAUUAUCAGCCUACACCUGGAAUGACCGAGAGUAAUCCGGUGACAAACUAUAAUUCUGGAAUGACUUUAGACAUGAUGAAAUAUGACUCCAGCUCAUUUGGUGUUGGAACAGUUCCAGAUUCACCUCACAAAAUAUUUAUUGGAGGAUUACCAGCUUACCUUAAUGAUGAACAGGUGAAAGAACUACUUACAUCAUUUGGUCAGUUAAAAGCAUUCAAUUUAGUCAAAGAUGCUGCCACUGGCUUAAGUAAAGGUUAUGCGUUCUGCGAGUAUGCUGAUGUUGUGAUGACUGAUCAGGCUAUUGCUGGUUUGAAUGGUAUGCAAUUAGGAGAAAAAAAAUUAAUUGUGCAGAGGGCCAGUAUUGGUGCUAAAAAUCCUGGUCUUGGUCAAGUACCUGUAACAAUUCAAGUCCCUGGACUUACGGUUGUUGGAACUGCAGGACCUCCAACUGAGGUUUUAUGUUUACUGAAUAUGGUAACUCCUGAUGAACUUAAAGAUGAAGAAGAAUAUGAAGAUAUUCUUGAAGAUAUUCGUGAAGAGUGUAAUAAAUAUGGCGUAGUUCGGUCACUAGAAAUUCCACGACCUAUUGAAGGAAUUGAUGUGCCUGGUUGCGGAAAAGUGUUUAUAGAAUUCAAUGCUAUUGGUGACUGUCAAAAGGCACAACCUUUAGCAGGCCGAAAGUUCAACAACAGAGUUGUGGUUACUUCUUUCAUGGAACCAGACAAAUAUCAUAGAAGAGAAUUUUAAUAACAAUGCAAACUAAUAAUGAAAAUAUUUGAAUUUUUAUAACAUUUUUAAGUUACAGAAUCCCUCAAUACUGAAUUAUGACUUAAACUAGUUCAUUAACCUUUAGAUGGAUUUUUUUUUGUUUUUUUUUUUCAAGAAAAUAUGUUUUUAACUUUAAGACUUAGUUAAAAAUAUAUAUAAAAAUUUUACCAAUUUAAAUAGUUUAGUAAGACUUAAUACGAUAUAUGUAUUGUAUCAUCUAUAAAUUAUUCAUGGAAAUAAUUUUUCAUGAGAUAAACUUACAAACAGUAUUUAAGUAACUUUGCUAAAUUUAACCAUACACAAUAUGAAGUGUAUGUAUGUCAUAAGGUCUUUAUUUUUUUUUUAUAUAAAAAAUUAUUUAGUAUUGAUUUAAAAAAAAUAAACAUUGGGACAUGCUUAAAGUUA